GAGGCCACUCAGUGGAUGUGGAUGUGGAUGCAGGUGGAGAGCACGGGCGAGCUGAACUCCUACAUCGGUGCAGAAUGGCUCUGAGACUCGACGGCGUUCUCUGCUGGGUGGCUCUGGUGCAGCUGCUCUGUGUGCAGAUCCUGGCAGAGCCCUUGAAGGAGGCACCAAUUAGGCUCUCUGUGGUCAGUGAUGUCUCCAACGAGGCUCCACAGGUUUACCACAGCUCAGCUCUGCAGCGCGGUUCACUCCUGGGGGCUUUGAGAAGACUACAGGACACAAACAGUGAUUUCAAAUUUACUGUGACGGAGAAUCCUGACUAUGGUUAUUACCUGGAGAGUGUGAAUGGUGUGGCUGGAAGUGAAUCUGACUUCACCUACUGGCAAAUACUGACCGAUGUCCACGGAAGCCCGACCCUUAUAGAUGUUGGGCUUGGUUGCUACACUCCAAAACCUUAUGAACAUAUCACUCUGAAGUUAACAACUUGGUAAACAAGACGUAUGAGAUGACUCAAGAGGUUAUAAUCUAUUAAAAUAAACUCUGAAUAAAAGUGAUUGGAAAACAAAUGGAUCAUUACAGAAUAAAAAGCCAAUUGUGCAUUGAAUCAUUGAAUGUUGUGUCAUGACUCAUGCUGCAUCAAAUGA